AUGGUUAAUAACAAUCAUGGUGAUAGUAAAACAAAAACACGUGGUUUAAAAAGAUCUGUCUCGCCUGAUCCUUCAGUGAUUGAUGAACGAAAAGUUAAAACAACUAAAAUGAAUUUACAACGAUAUGAUGGUGAUAAAGAAAAUAUUAUUAAACGAAUUCAAUCUGAAAUGGUAUUGACGAAACAUUCUUCAUUAAUCAUUGUUAAUAAAGAAAAUUCUAUUGAUAUACCAUGGUAUCAAUCUCAUCAAUUAUGGUCAAAUAUGAUGAUAAAAACACUUGAUAAAACAUAUAAAUGUCAUUUAAAUUUUCUUGAUUCUCAUCCAUUGAUUACAACUAAAAUGCGAAGUGUUUUAUUCGAUUGGUUAAUUGAAGUUAGUGAAGUUUAUCAACUUCAUCGUGAAACUUAUCAUUUAUCUAUUGCUUAUAUUGAUCAAUAUUUAUGUAAUACAAAUAAUUUACCUAAAAAUAAAUUUCAAUUACUUGGUAUAACAUCACUUUUUGUUGCAGCAAAAAUAGAAGAAAUUUAUCCACCACGAUUAUCUGAUUUUUCUUAUGUUACUGAUAAUACUUGUUCGGAAGAAGAUAUUUUAGAUAUGGAAUUAGAUUUAAUGAAUGCAUUAAAUUGGUAUAUAAAUCCAAUAACAUCAAUAAGUUGGGUAUUAAUUUAUCUUCAAGUGGAAUAUGAUAUGAAAAGCUUUUUAAAUAAUAAUAAUAAUAAUCGUUCUCUAAGAAAAAAACGACGAUUAUCAUUAUCAAACAGUGAAAUUCUUCGAAGUUCAAUAUUAACUAAUGUACAUCGAUCAACAGAUUUUCUUCAAAUAUUUUCUUUAGCUGCUCGAUUACUUGAUUUAUGUUCACUUGAUAUUGAAUAUAGUCAAUAUUCGAAACAUAUUCUUGCAGCUUCGAGUAUUCUUUUAUAUAAAUCAAAUUGGCCUGUACAACAAAUAACAGGUUUAACUGAUGAUGAUCUUUCAAUGUGUCAACAAUGGAUGAAACCUUUUUAUGAAGUACUUUCAGAAUCAUUAUCAAAUUCAUCUAAUCGAUCAUCAUCAGUACCGAUUGAUGAAAUUUAUUCAAUUCAAAUACAUAAUAUUUCAAUGGAUUUAUUUGUUAAUGUUUAUGAAAAACGAUCAGAAUUUGUAUCAUCAAUAAUGAAUAAUCGACCUUUUCGUGAUCUCUUAAAUCAUUUCUCUUGGUCAUCAACAUUAUUAAAACAACAACAAAAUGAUGAAGAAGAACAACAACAACAACAAAUCAAUGAUGUUAUUAUUAUUGUAUAA